GAUCAGACUUCAGUAAGCGACAACUAAAUUGUCGUACACGAGGUUUUAUCACGGUGAAAUAUUGGUAAAGUGCAUACUCUUAAGCGACAAUAUGUUCGUAUGACAGAAGAACCGACUUCAGUAUGUGGUAGUCAGGACAUAUUAAUAUUAGUGAGAUCAGAGAGGUUGUUACGGUUUGAUUCCUGGCAGGGUAACGAUUAAAACAUAUUAUCAUUGCAAUCUCAUGUCUACCGCACCCUGCACUGGAGACUAGAGAAGUGCCAGGACUGGGUGCCCUUUGCCAGGCAAGUUUGACGAGUGAGUGGGGGACAUAAAACUCCCCCUAGCAGCCCCAGAAUGGGUUUCCGAAGAAAUGUGAUCUUCUGGUCGGUGAGUGCUGUCACGUAUGUCGUGAUGACCUUGGUGGAUGCUCUGUUCCGAUUCCUCUAUAAAGAUAAGGGCAAAAAAGUUUCCAGAGUGUCAGACCCGCUGCUGCUAAUGCCUGCUUCAGAUGUGGCAGAGAAAAUUCGCAACAGAACAUUACGGGCUGAGGAUGUUAUGGCUGCUUAUAUCGUCCGGGCGAAGGAAGUGAACCCACUGAUCAAUGUAGUCGUUGGAGAGCAGUAUGACCGAGCCCUGAGGAGAGCACAGGAGCUGGAUGCCAGGCUGGACUCUCUCAGCCAGGAGGAGAGGGAUCGCGAAUUUUCCGUGGACUCUAAACCUCUGUUGGGGGUGCCCUUGUCUGUGAAGGAAGCGUUCAGUUGGACAGGAAUGGCCAACACAUCUGGUGUGCCUGGGAGACGACACAUUCGGCAGUCCCAGAAUGCGCCAGUACUGAACAACUUGGAAGCAGCCGGCGCCAUUCCGUUUAUACAGACUAAUGUUAGUGAGGCUUGCAUGUGGUUCGAGUCCUCUAACUAUAUAUACGGUUGCAGUAACAAUGCUUACAACACCAGCUGCAUAGUUGGAGGAAGUUCAGGAGGUGAAGGCAGUGUAUUAUCCUCGGGAGCAUCAGUUAUUGGAAUUGGAUCCGAUAUAGGCGGCAGUAUUCGUAUGCCUUGCUUCUUCAAUGGCAUCUUUGGCCACAAAGCAAGCAUUGGUGUGGUGGACAACAGUGGUCAGUUUCCUAUAGCGAGUGAAAAAGCAAUGUGUUUGCUGGCCACGGGACCGAUGUGCCGUUAUGCCUCCGAUCUCAUCCCUUGUCUGAAAGUCAUGGCCGGACCAGCGGGAGUUGCCAAAUUGAAGUUGGAUACAGCGGUUGACUUGGCAAAACUACGAGUUAUAUCUGUUCCCGACGAUGCUGGGUCGAUCCUGGUCAGCAAAGUGGAUCCACAGCUUAAAGAAGCCCAAAGAAAGGCUGCAGAACAUUUCAGGAAGAAAGGUGCGACGGUGACAGAGCAGUACUUCAAAGAGUUCCGGGAAUCCGUCAAUAUGUGGGCGGGUAAGAUGAACCUGUCUGACGAUGGCCCGUCAUUCGCCUGCAUCAUAUCCGGGAAGGAGGACGGCCAUGUGAAUUGCACGCUGGAAUUGGGUCGCUGGCUUGUAGGGUCCUCGUCGCAUACACUUCCGGCUAUAGCCCUUGGCAUCCUCAAUGACUACCUGCCUGCCAUGACCAAGUCGGCUGAUUUAAAGGCGGUGGAGAAGCUGGACAGUUUGCGGGAGCGCCUGGUGUCUGUUCUAGGUGAUGAUGGAGUCUUCCUGUACCCCUCCCACCCCAAAAUAGCUCCCUACCACCACCAUCCCGUAUGCACUCCCUUCAACUUUGCCUACACAGCCCUGUUCAACGCGCUGGGUUUCCCCGUGAGCCAGUGCCCCCUGGGCCUGAGCUCUGAUGGUCUCCCUCUAGGGCUGCAGGUAGUGGCCGCUCCGUACCAGGACCACCUGUCUCUGGCCGUUGCCCGGGAGCUGGAGGAGGCGUUUGGCGGCUGGGUCAGCCCGGGGAUGUGAACUCUGGUGACCUCUUGGUGGCCAGUACAGACCUGCCAAAUACUCCCGUAAUAAAGUUAGAGCUCUCCUAUUUAAAAAAAAAAAUAAUAUCAAUUUGCUUUUUGGAUAAAUCAGCACCUAGACACAUGGAUGGCUAGUGUCUCUAUAAAUGAAUUUCUUAGCCCAUAGGACCUGAUGUGCUUCAAAUUUGAUGUUUAUCUCAAAUUUCGUUUCCAUCUUGGUGUUUGCGACUUGUCAUGAAUGUGGUGGAAAUACACAUUUUUAUUUGUGACUGUUUGUGUGUAUUUGCCAAACAGGUAAAUUUGCCACUAUGGAUUUGAUUAUUUUUUCCCCCCAAACUCCCAUUUUUUGGUCAUAAAGUGGUUGGCAGGUCUGUCGGUGAGUUCCCCAUAGCAGUCAGCUAAUGAGCGUGAACUGUUAUAGGUUUUUUGUUUUUUUUUGUUGUUCAGCAAGUUCCCCCCCCCCAUGCCACUCACUCGGCUAAUAUUCAAUUUGUCUGUGAAUGUACAAUCUCCACUGUUUUCUGUGCUUUGUAAGAGAACGUUGUUGUAGUAGUGUGCUUGUGAAUUUAUCGUUUAGAACAUUAACAGCAUUGAAAAAAGCGGGGGGGGGGGGGGGGGGGGGAUGUGUGAAGUUAAAGUAUUUUCAGUCUUGAAGUGUGUUUUGGUGUUCCCAACUUAUCGUAAAUGAUAUAGAAAUACAUAUUUUUGUUUUGCGAUUAUAUUUUGUGUGUAUUUGCAAAAACAGGUAAAUUUGACAUGAAGUAUUCAAAUUUGUAAUCUUAAUCUACUGGGGUUUUUGUUCUAGAGUCUUUCAUUCCCCCCCGGCCCCCCCUCCCAAACUCCUUUUUUUUUUAUUCAUGCCACUGAGCUAAUGUAUUUGAACCGUUAUUCCGACCUAACAAGUCGAAGCUCUCCAAUUUUUUAAUUUAUUUUUUGCCAAUCAAAGAACACCUUGGAUGUGCUUGUAAUACGACUUUUUACUUGAAUUCUGUUUCCUUAUUGUACAUGAUGGGAAAUACACAUUUUUAAGGAGAUUGUUUUGCAAUAUUUUUGCCACUUAUGGUAUAAUAAUAUGACAUGAAAAUACACAUUUUUGUUCUUGUGUAUUUUGCUGUACACAUUUAUUUGCAACAGUCGGUUCAUUUUGUAAUCUUGAUACUUCUGGGGUUUGGAGUUUUCUUCACUUUUUCCCCGUCAGACUCCAGUUUUUUGUGGAGGAUAGUGAGGAAAAAUAUUUUUGGUCAUGGAGUGGUUUGCAGGUCUGCUCAUUGUAUUAUGAUGUUCAGGAAGUUUCCGUGCCAAUCACUCGGUUUAUGAUCAAUAUUUGUCCUUGGAUGUAUAAUCUCCCCAGUUUUCCUGUUCCCUAUGCUUUAUUAGAGAGUUGUUUUUGCAGCCUGCUUGCUUCUGGAUUUGUAAUGUAGACCAUGGGCUUGAUUGAGAAAGGGACUCGGAGAGGGAGGAAUUUGAAGCAUUUUCAGUAUUGAAGUGCAAUAGUUUGACAGCAAGGAGAAAAAAUGCAUUUAAUAUUAGCUCUUUAAAUGACACUUUUUUUAUUGUAUAUGUCUAUCUAUACUGUGCAACAGUUAUUGUGAUAAGCUGUUCACCUAAUAAUAAUGAUACUGAUAAUAAUGAUAAUAUUAAUAAUGACUAUAACAUUUAAACGGUAAUGAUUGCAUUAUAUAGCAAAUGCCCAUGAUCUACAGCAUGUUCCAUGCACUUUGUUUUACUAACGUUUCAAAAGGAAGAGGCCUUGUAGUUUAUUGAUGAUGUAGAUUACUAGAUUGUGGUGACGUAGAGCAACGUUUAAAUUUGAAUUUGAGAGUCUUUUGUAGAGUGUGUGUGUCACGACACGGUGGAUUCAGGUGCUCGUCAAUCUGUGGGAGUAUGGAGUUAUGGGUUUCAUCUUAAAACUUGUUCAUUUGUCUUGCUUUUUUAUGAAAAAAGUACCAACGUAUUUUGAAAAUAAGUAGAGAUUUUUGAGAUUGAAGGAGAAGGGGGUUUCCUGGUGCCAGAGGUAAAUAAGUGAGAAAAUAAUCGCCAAAGUUUGGCAACUUCCGAAGCUUGGGUGUAGAGACGGGCGGGGAGCGCUUUUUUCUUCCCGAGCGAGAAGACCAAGAGGCUGACCUUCUUCUCGCCGGGACCGGUACCGGAGAGAAGUGCUUCUCGUCUCAUGACCAAUUUCUCUUCUCACCCCGUUGGAUGAGCAGUUCGCUCUGCGAGAGGGCCGGCCAUGGACGAGAUUUCUCUUCUCGCGCCAUUUGACGAGUAGCUUGAGAAGGUCGGCCGUGGCCGGGAUCUAAACUAUGCUAUCGCUGUUGCGCAGGCACAGGAUGUGAAGGAAGGUAGGGAGACUUUGGCCUAGGCCCUGAUCAACUCCCCACUCGCCUCGUCUCGCCACCCUGUUCCCUCCCUUUCAGUUUUAGACACAGGACAGCACGGUGAUGGGUGACACUGUCUGCGUGUCAUUUCUCGCUGGCUGUGCCGCCCUUUCCAUCGACACCAAUCACUCUCUCACUCUCAUUACUCGUUAUGUCAAGCCAACGAGCGGUAUCACUUCUUAGUACCGGCUAGUAGUUUAGUGGCCGGGAAAUGGCGGGAAGAGCAUUUCUCACGAGAAAGGGGUACUCUUCUCGGCUCGUGCCCGCUCCGACUUGGGUAUGUUUAGAAAUUGCAAUUUUACACUUUUAUUUUUAGGGUGCCGCUGAUCAAUGUUUUUCUGUCAAAUCUACGCUGGAAUGUUUUUAAAUGAGCCAUUAAGGUACUUAUUCAAACGACAACAAAAAACCUGUAAAGAUUGCCCAAGGGGCGGAAAAAUGUGGGAUUCUUCAGUUUCGUUAUCUUGAUGAGCGCCUGAUUUCGCCACGAUGCCUCUCAUGUCUUCUCGGCCCAGUGUCCUUUUGGGGGACCAAAGUCUCCACAUUCUCUGCUAUUACAUUCGCAGCUUUCACAGUUUUACCGUCUUUCUAUUUAGAGAGAGAAGGAGAGAGACAAACAGAAAGAGAGAGACAGAUGUGCCGAGUAUAAUAUAGAGUUAUAUCUGUCUAAGAAAUAUGUAUAGACAAAGAUGUAUACAUUUAUUUAUUUUUGUGUGCAGUUUAUCACCUUGGGUCUCCCCAUGUAAGAGAUCUAGCGCCAUUGCAACAUGUGGCAGUUUAGAUAUUAUAUUUUAUAUAUAUAUAUAUGUGUGUUUUGGUUAUUAGCCCUAGCUCAGGGGACACGUAUGUAUGCACAGAUAGUCCUGGUUCAAGUCCCAAGUUCUUGAACUUGACCCUAUAGUGCCCACUUCAACAAUUUUGACUUUACACUGAUAUUAUUCAAGCAAUGUAAAUGAAAUCUUCUGAGGUUGCAUUGUUAUUUUAUUCAUAUUUUUGUUGUUUCCCCCCUCCAUCCCCACCACCACCAACAACCCUCAAACAAGAAAAUAUAACGACCAAAAAUCAGAAACAAUUUUAUCUAAACUUUGGGUUCCAACAUGAACUAACUGACACAAGAAGCUUCAGUUAUUUGGGAAGCUCUCAAGGAUCCUAUCUCACUUGGCUCGGAUCUGUUUAAGAUGGAUGUCAAACUCAGAAGUGAGACCUCUUCCAUGACCUUACAGUAUUGAUAGGGGGUUAAAACCCAUGUCAUACCAAUUGUAUUAUAGGAUGUUGGUUGUAAAGGUUUUUAUCUUUUGUUCCGUCUGCAAUGAUCCCGGCCUUGUAGAUAAAUUAAUAGUAAUGUUUUUAUGUCCUGUAGACUGUAAACUGUUGUAUAUACCUCUACAAUUUUGAUAUAGAUGGUAUACAGCUCAUUAGUGGUGGUAUGUUUUUCUAUAUUUUUGUGUCUUUACUUUAUAUUGUUCUACAAAUUUGUUUGUUCUUGCCUUCUGUCUGUUUGAAAACCAGCAUGUCGUGUUUGUAAGGAUUAUUUUGUCAUGACCUAGUGGAAUCAGGCGAUCAUCAGUUUUUGACAUAUAGAAAUAUUGGUAUCAUCUUAAAACUUGUUCGUUUGUCUGCUUUUCGAUUAAAAAAAAAUACCCAUCUAUCUUGAAAAGAAGUCAAGAUAUUUGCAAUUGAUGGAGGUGGGAGUCACCUGGUUUCAGCUGCAAAAUAAGCGAGAAAAUGAGUGCCAAAGUGUGGUGACUUCCGAAGCUUGAGAGUCCAUGGAAACUGAAAGUUUUCAUUUUUGUGCCUUUAAUCAAUGAUUUUCAGAAAUACAACACGAAAAUGUGUUUAGAAAUAUACAUCAGAGGUGCUGAACCCAAAAAUGGAAAUUUGAAAAAAAAAUUGCCAAGAGCCUAGAAAAAUGUUGGCUUCUUUGCUUUUAUUAUUUUGAAGAGCACCUGAUUUCUCCAUGAAUCCUUUAUUUGAACAAAGACAACAUGUAUGGGGCCACUUAUACGGGAAACAUAACCCGGUCCAACUGUAAGCCAGGUUUUUGGCAUCAGGAAUACUAUUGCUGUGUUUUUCUUCUUCUCCAUCGCAUCACACUUGAAGUCUGGUAUCUGCCAUAUUAUAUUGGGCCGUCCUGCUCAGUUCAUCUGUCGGCCCGUAUAGCUUCUCCUGUAGUGUCUGUGGGGUUGGCCAGGUUUCCUGUCUCAGGGCCCUGUGAGUCUUGCAGUGCUGAACAAACUAUUGCUGUAGUAUCAAAUCAAAAGGUGCCGAUUUUCCAGAUAAAUCAGAAAUCCCAAUAAAUCCGAAAAUUCUAAUUUUAGAAAUUGCCUUGAUGUUGUUAUACUCUUGCAUAUACAUUUAUUUGUAUUUCAAUAUCUUUUUACCUCAUACAUAGGGCUUAGUCUCUUAAUUUAAGAACAAUCUUGAUAUAGGACACAUUAGAGAAUACGAUCUGUAAAUUUAGACUCCCUGCAGCACACAUUUCUGUGGGGUCGGAAAAGUUCAGGACUUUUUUUUUACUUUUGUAACCACAUGUCACCUCUGAUGAGAUGAGUGCCCAUACUAUGAUCUGCUGAGCAGGUAGCACCGUCAGAAUGUUACAAUUUGUGAUUGGAGCCCAAUGUUAUUUUGGUAAGAAACGGAGUUAUAUCUUGUUUUUAAUUAUUUUAUUUUUUUUGGAGGGGGGAGGAGAGUUGUUUCGAGGAUUAUCAACUUUUUUAGACUGCCCAUGCUUUAAGUUCUACAUAAUGAAAUUUGAGGAAGCGAAUUUUUUGUGCUGUGAAUUUUUAUCUCAUCAACUUUGGUACGUAACAUUCAUUUUUGUUAGUGUAAUGCUGUUGUCUUUAGUUUCAUUUUUAUCGUUUUAUUGUGUACUCCCAAGAGCGUUUAUUCCAGAGUUGUAAUCUCCAGAUAUCUCUACACAUUCCCUGAUUUUUUAAUUGUUUAGUCAAGUCUGAGUCCUAGGUGCACCUUUUUCCCCACUCGCACUCUGUGAGUAGUUGUUUUUUUUCACAGACUCGCACCCAAGGACACUUAUGUGUACCUUUGUACAUACAUUAUAUUUUUGUGUGUUUUUUUUCUUUUGAAUUUAAUUUUGCCUUCUCAGAAUUUGCAAUGCCUUUUACUCAAGUUCUUUGUAACUGUGUAGGAAAACACGUUUUUCUUUUCCUUUUUUUAAACUGUUUUAACGCUUUGCUGAAAUAUCCUAGCAGCAGACAGGCAUGUUUGGACUCUAUGUACCCUUUAGUAUUGACAUACACAAUCUUGUUUGCUUUGGAGAUGUACAGCUUUUUUUAUGAUUUGUGUCACGACACAAUGGAAUUCGACGCUCGUCAAUUUUUGGGCAUAUAUUUAGAAAAAAAUCCCGUUCUUUCUGAAUAAAAGUUGAGAUACUAUUUGUAAUUGAAGGAGAUGGGGUCGCCUGGUGUUAGAGGUAAAAUUAUGGAGAAAAUAGCUACCAAAGUUUAAUAACUUCCAAAGCUUGGGGUGUCCUUGAAAACUGCAAAUUUACAUUUUUAUACCAUGGAUCCACAUUUUUCUGUAAAAUCCACACAAAAAUGUGUUUUUAAGUUGCUGAGCCCAGCAAAAAUUAACAAUAAUUGCCCAGAGGUCGGGAAAAUGUCGAUUUCUUUAAUUUGAUUAAUAUCACAAGUGGCUGAUUUCACAGCGAUGACACAUUUUUUUCCCUCCACAGAGUUCAUGCAGAUGUACUUUUGAAUUACUGAUUGCUUUUAUUUAUUUUAGCCGAUUUUUCUCCACUUGAAACUCACACACGUUUGUGAGUUCCGACAGACUGCUCAUUUAUUUAGUUGUUUUUAUUUAAUCCCCAGAAGAAUCGCUUACAUUUUUUGUUACUGAUAGGUCUGAUUCUAGUUUCUUUAGCAGCUCAGGAAAUGUAUUUACAUUAUGUGUGUAUGCUAUGCUGCUGCAAUUUUCAACUAGUUUCUUCCUACUAAGAUUAAGAUUUUAAUAUGUUAACGAGUGGGAUCAAAGUGAUUAUCAAUUUUGCUAUUAUAUAUAUUAUGUUUACCCUGUGUAAUGUUUAAACGCCUUUUAUUUUUUUAAAAAUCAGUCGAAUGUUUGUCUGCUUUGAUUUACUUGUGUAUAGAAUUGUGUUUGCUGAAAGUCUAAAUGAAAAUGGCCUCUUUUUUCACAAAAUGAGUUGGAAUAUAUUCAAUGCGUCGUGAAAUUUCAAAAUUACUCUGUGAUUUCUUUUUUGUAUGGAAAUAAUAAAAGAAAAUGCUUUUGUUUUCUGAUAUUGUUUGUAAAUUAAUCUUGAACAGCCGGCCUCAAAUGACUUGGAGUUGUUAGCAUCAUCUAAUUUCAGUUUGUCAUAUUUCGAGUAAUUUUUUUUACAUAGCUAUGAGAUGACUACUACUUUGACAAAGUUUUCUUUUGAACGUCAGUAGAGCUGUGAACAAGGCGUUUUACCUGUCUGUGAUAAAGUGGGCUUACCGUAAUUAAGCUUAGUUGGCAACUGCUAUGAACAUAUUGACACACUUGUGUGGGUGGUGUGGUCUCCUUCAUGACACAGAUGGGGGCUGUUUGCUGGGUCUCUGGUGGCACCGGUAGUCUAGUGGUUAGACUGCCUAUCCCGCAAUUAUUUGUGAGACCGAGGUUUUGGGGUUCAAACCUCAGUUGGGUCCAACGUUUUGUCCUUGGGAAAGGCCCUGUACAUGAAUUUUCCCAGGAUUUUGAUCCUUUUGGAGGUGGAUAUUAAAUUCAGAGGUACCACCUCUUUAAUAACAGCUUACAAUGUUGCAAGGGGCAGUAAUCCUAUAUAAUGUCAUUUAUACAGUUUCUGAUUCUCCGGUGAAAUGUUGUUUUUGCUUGACGCGCUCUCAGCAAGAACAUUUUGGUCUAAUUAUUCCUAUUUUGGUUCUCCACAUUUUGCUUUUGUCUUAAUGUUUAAUAAGUUUUACAGCACUUGCAACACAAUUAGGCCAUAUAAGUGCCGAAGAUUAGAGUCGAUACUUUUCGAGAGUUACAUACUAAAUGAAAUAAUGAUAAGAUAGAGGGAUGGUAGAUAAGAAAGAAGUAGCAUCAGCAUUUAAAAAAACACCUGAGCUCCCGCCAACCACCCACCUAGAUUUGUACAAAUGCGUGCACAUUUUGAGACAAUAAUGGAGACGCACUAGUGACCAACAUCUCUAUUUGAUAAGCUGUUGUCUUCAAGCUCAGUACAUUAGUGGUUAAGGGCUGGAGGGGCACCAAGAAAUCGUGUUUUGGGGUCAAAUUAUGCAAAUUGGGGUUAUUACAUAUUAUAGUAGCUGGACAUUUCCUGAACAAUAUACAGAAACGUAUGUAAGCCUUGCUACACCCUAAAGCUGUGUUUUUUUGUCCAGGUUUUUCUGGGAAAGCACGCCAUGUUGUCUAGCCUUUUCUUACCUUUAUCGGCUGUUUUCUCUCAAUUCAAUUUUUCCACACAUUAUCCCAUUUUUCUGCUCUAUUUCUUGUUCAAUUUUAAUGUAAUUUUGACAGGAUACCAGCAACACCUAGUUCUAAAUUUUUGGUCGUUGAAUUUUUUAUGAAUGGAGCAGUUUUUUAUUUAUGGGCUUAGCAUGAAUUUUCCUUUUUUAAAAACUUUUUUCGCUACAACCCAGUUGUAAGUGUCAUAAAAUAGAAACUAAAGCAUAUAUAAAAAAUUCAACAAGCCAAAUUUAAGAGCUACAUAUUUACUGUUUUCAUGCCCAAUUAGAAGUGAAUCAGUUUGUCAAAAAAGGAAUAAAAUGGGAUUGAAAAGGGUAUACAAAAUCCAAUAUGGCCACCAUUCCCGUAGCGACCGAUUCACAAUACAUGUAUACCUUUUGAACUAUUGAUUUCAAAUCCCCAAUAACACAAUGUCCCACAGCAAUUAUGGGCACUCAGGGCCUUGUCCAAUAUAGACCUCAGCUGCCCCACCAGCCCUUAAAAGUGCGUGAAUGUUAUAGAAGUUAUAGAAAAAAUAUAGAAUCUAUAAACUUGUUUCUGUAUGUACCCUGUUGUCAUAUUGUUUGAAUUUGAUUUUGGAAAACUACGAAGUGAUUGCUUGAAAAAUAAAACCAAGGCAAAAAUAAAAAUGAGCUUUUGAUAUCACUUAA